CUGACAGUGACCACCGCCGUCGAGCGCGUCAAAUGUAUGGGUGAUAUUUCGGAUUUCGGGCGUGCUUCCAAUUUCCGCAAACAAGCUUUUUCGCUGGAAUUGAGCGCGGGUGUUGCUGCCAAUAGCACAUCUCCAAUGCAAGAGGACAGCGUCAGCGACGGUAGCAGCACGCGUGCUGUCUGUCAAUCUGCCUGCAGUGAAGUUUAGUAGGGAGCAGCUGAAACCUCAUUUCAAGCAAGCUUUACACUUCGCAUGCGAUGAGAGAGUUAGCAGUCAGAAGAUUGUGAGCGUGCCAAGUUGUAGACAUCAAGUAUUUUGCAUGCCCCUGAUGACUGGGAAGACCUGGCCAUGAGCAACCGACCAGCAAGCAUGAUGGACAAUGUGUCGACGACUAUCAACAUGCUCAUGCAGCGUGCCACCUCUCAGAUUGAGCUUGUUCGCGAGUCCGAGCUGUACCAAACAUACCUGAAGGACAACCCCGUACUGUCGGCAUGUGCGGCCAUCAUGCUGGGUGUUCUCAGCCUACCGGCACUGACCUUUCUGAGCUUCAUCAUUGUCCUCUGCCUCCUUACCUUCAUGGGCUUCCUCUUUAUUGAAGGCACCCUAAUCACAUUUGGUGUGAUUGUCACUGUCGGCAUCCUGUUCUUCAUUGGCACCUUUGUGGCAAGCUUUGGCUUCUGCCUCUAUGCCGUCUUCUACGUGCUUCAGACUUUGAAGAGAGUUGGCAGCUCGACUGACAGCUCCAAAAAACCGCAGUGAACUGAUCGAUCAGUGUUCCUGGUGACACUUCUCGUCCCCCACCCGUUUAUUCUUAUGCACAGCAUGUGUGUUGGUUUUUUUUUUCUAUAACAUUCCAUGAUUGACUUUUCUCUUGAAAUUAAAAAGAAUUGUAUGAGAGUGA